AUGAAAACUCUGCUGCUGACCUUGGUGGUGGUGACCGUCGUGUGCCUGGACUUUGGAAAUUCCCUGACGUGUUGCAAGGACCGGAUUUGUUGGGAUACUGUGACCUGUACAGGAACCGACACUCAAUGCUAUCUAUCGUAUCAAACAGGGCUAUUGGGUGGCAAAAUCAAUGUCAAUCAGGGAUGUAUUACUAAUUGUACUACGGAGCCGGCGAGAAUUAUUGAAUGUUGCUCGACUGACAAGUGCAACAAAUAUACUAUUACUAUACCUUGAGUUUGGCUGUCAUCCAUCAUGGACCUUCCUUGA